AUGUUCACCUUUACGUUGUCCUUCACCACAAGAUCGCUCAAAGAACACCAAUUGGGAGACAAGAUAAACGUGAACCUCGAUACGGGAGUGCACGUCAAUCAGUUUAGUGAGGAGGCUCGGCGCUGCGCGGCGCCCGGAGGACGCGCGCCCCCGUUGUGCGCGUGGCCGUCAGCGGCGGGCGGAAGCUCCUCUUCCUCUUGGCGCUACAUCUUCCUCACGCAAGCUCAUCCUCGACGUCGAUCGGAGGAGAGGAUGACCCGCCAGCUGGCCGGCGAAAUGAUGUCACGCGUGGAUGGCGGUACGGCAAAAAGCGUGGCUUUCCUCCCAAUGUCAGCCAACGGCGCAACGCAACCUCCCGCCUGGGCGUCGACCCCCUCGCCCCGGCGACCGCCGUCCACCAGCUUCCUGUCGACCGAGGCCACUUUGUUCGGUUCCGGGUCGGAAGGAGUUCCGGCGCCACCCUCGUCCGCCGCGCCGCCGCCGGUCAAGGAGAUCAUCCGUCGCCACGGAUGCACCCUCUUCCCGCAGAACCCGAACCUGCCCCCGCCGCCCACCCGCCAGCGCCCCCCCGGCUGCAAGACGGUGUUUGUGGGAGGCCUUCCGGAGAACGCCGGCGACGUCGUCGUCAGGGAAGUCUUCGGCCCCUGCGGCGACAUCACGGCGCUGCGCAUGAGCAAGAAGAAUUUCUGCCACAUUCGAUUCAGCGACGAGUUUAUGGUGGACGAAGCGCUCCGCCUCUCAGGCUACCGUCUUCAGGUGGGCUCCGGCGCGGACAAAAAAGACUGGAGCAAGAUCCACGUGGACUUUGCGCAGGCGCGAGACGACGAGUACGAGUGGGAGUGCAAACGGAGACUUCUAGAAGCAGAAAAAGGACACGGGCGUCCGGACGCCGCGCCGCUUCCCGUGCCGCGCUUCUCUGAGCGCGAGCUGGCGGUCUUGGCCGAGGGCCUGAAAGACAGGCAUCACUUUGGCGGGGCGGCGGCGGUGCUACUGUCCUGGCUGGACGGCGGCGAGGUGACGCGCGCCAACGCCAACCAGGUGUACGCCUUGAUACAGAGCGCCAACGCGCACGCCAGACGACUGCGGCUGGAGGCCGCGCAGCAACGACGGACGCUGCGCAAAGCGAGAGACGCCUUCGACGGCGCGCUCGCCGACAUCCUCCGGCAGAUGGAUCAGAUCUCUUCGGUGUUGACGGCGUCGGGCCGACAGAAGUCUCGGGAACGCUUCUCCAAAGCUCAGCGCAAGAACAUUGACGCGUGGACCCGGCAGUGCCAGGUUGGUAACCAGCAAGGUCGGUCGGUGGGUCGGGAGGCGAGUGCCCGUUUAGCCCGCUCCAGGUCAGUGCCCGCUCCAUCGCGGACUCGAGCCCUCCUCCGCGACCGGACGGACGGGAAGAGGGCGAGUACGAUGACCGGGGCGACGCUGUCGUUCCAGGUGGCCGGCGACGAGCUGUCGGAGCUGAGACGGCGCCGCGACCGGGACGACGACGACGAUGACGAAGGCCCUCGCGGGAAGAUGAUGAAGACGGCGCCCGAGCGGCGGCCGGACGCUUUGCAAAAGGAGGCGAAGAUCGCCGGGGCGGACGCUUCGGCGCUGCUGCUGCUUCAAAUGCAACAGCAGGUGCGGAGCCUGCGGCACGAGCUGGCGGCUAAGGAGGCGGAGUUAGAGCGGGCCCGCGAGAAAGCCCGCCUCCCGGAGCGCUCCGGCCCAAAGGUCAGCACCGCGCCGCGCUCGGAGCCCUCCCUUCCCGCCGCCCCUCCGAUCAGGAGAGCUCACGUCUUCUAGGUCGACGGCUCACCGCGGACGGACGGGAGCGGAAGGAGGCCGGUCGGACCGGAAGGUUCCGGAAAAGGCGGCCCGGUGUCCCAAGAGGAGGCCCUGCUCCUCGGCGUGAUGUCGGCUUUUCUGCACGUUCACCCCUUUGGAGCCAACCUGGAAU